AUGGCGAAAGCGGGGACAAGAAACUACGUGUCGAUUUCGCAGGGCGUGCGAGAUCUGGAGAGCAACGAGUCGGUGGCAAGCAUCUCCGCUUGCACGGAUGCGUUUGUGGACUCUUUAGAGGCUUACAGGACUGCGUUGGCUGCCGGGACAGACGACGACAUGCUGCCGUUAAGCGAUGCGCUGGAGAAAGAGGUUGGACGAUACCAGGGCGAGCUAUUGCGGCACGAGAAGUCGUUGAACCGGUCGAUCAAGCUACUGUCGGCAAAGGUCGAUAAGGGCAUUGAGUGGGAGCUCGACCUCAUGUACCAGUACCAGAAUAUCAACGACGAGUUCGACCUCAUGAUACGGGCGAUUGUGAUGGAUCUUCUCUACCAGGGGCGGUUUGAGGAGUCGGAGACGGUGCUUGGACCAAGGCUGAAGCGGGACGCAGACUUUGAGAAGCUGGUGGCGCAUUUUCGGAGCCUGCGGGCGAUGAUGAAGGCGUUGUACGACGAGGACUACUCCUUGGUGCUCGAGUGGGUGCUGGCGAACGAGAGGGAGAUAGCGAAGGUAAGCGAGUUGAAGUCGCAGCUGCUGCGGUUGAUCUACCACCAGGCACGGGUAAUUAUUGCGGACCGGACGGUGCCCGUGCCGGCGCACGGGAACGUGCUUCUCGACGUGCGGGAGCAGGAGGACAGCCGGAUCAUGCUCCGGAUCCUUGACUACGACAACCAGCAGAAGUACGCGGAGGCGCAGGGCCUGUACUGCUGGGACUUGCCGACGCUCGGGGAGUUUGACAGCGAGAAGGAGCAGGCGAAGGACGCCGCUGUGGCGGAGCUGAUCCGCGUGUACAACCGGCUCUCGUGCGAGGUCAACCACCUCCAGCAGGAGUCGCCGCUGCACCGAUGUCUUUUGGCGGGGCACUUUGCCUUGGGCGUGCUGGUGAAGUACAACACCUUGUCCCGGCGGAAGAGCUCGUCGAGCCUCGGGACAGCCGGCUCGGGCUCCGCACUGGGCUCCGGUGCCGCCUCUGGACCGCUGUCUGGGUCUGGGUCCGCCCCCGGGUCGACGGUGCUCGACCACUUCUCGAGGCGACGCUCCACCGCCACCGCCACCGACAUGCAUCCGUUGAUCAGCAGGAUCCGGGAGAUGCACACCCACUACAACACCGACGAGGGCGGGCCCAUGGACGACGGCAGCGCACCCGCCACAGCAGCAGCAGUCGCCGCAGACGCGGCGUUCUCGUCGGCGUGCGACGUGGACCCCUCCGACAACAACGUCGGCGAGCUACCGAUGGAGAUCGAGUUGCCUGCGUGGAUGGGCUACCACACAAUCUUCAUCUGUCCGAUCCUGAAGGAGGAGACGACGAGCAGCAACCGGCCGCACGUGCUACCCUGCCGGCACUUCAUCAGCAAGCAGGCGUUGUCGAAGCUUGCCAAGGGGUUGAGCGACGAGAUAAAGUGUCCGUACUGUCCUCGCCGGGGCUCGUGGAGAGGUGCCUGUGAGGUCAAGUUCAUUGCCAUAUAG